CUAGUUUGUUUACAACUUUCUCCGACUUUCUAGGACAUGUUUUAUGCCACUUCUUUUUCUGUGUCAUUUUGUCCACCACACUUUUAACGUUGUGCGUGAGUGCACAAAGAUGUUUUGGAAGGUGAAAGAUGCUCCGCAACAUCAAAGGAGGGACACAUUGAUAUAAAUCAAUGUUACACUGGAAAAGGAAGUCUCUCCUGGCUCUCCGCAGUUCUCUCCUCCUCCCUCUCACCUCCUCAUGCUGGGACCCCUCUCCUCCACCCUCCCCCUUCUGAGAAAGUGGGACUCCCUCCUUCCCCUCGAUCUCUCGCUCUCCCUCUCCCGUGUGAGGAUUUAACACAAUGCAACGCUGGCGGCCUCAGUUGAGCCCGGGACUGUAGCAGAGAGUCACAGCCACAGCAUGGAUGUCAAACUGCUGCCACUGAUGCUUCUGUUGGCCGUGAUCACACAUGGACCGAUCAGCACCGCAAAGCCUAUCAGUCUGGUGGAGCGGUGCUGGUGUCGUUCCACUCUCAACACGGUUCCUCAGCGCUCCAUCAAAGAGCUCAAGUUCCUGCACACGCCCAACUGCCCCUUCCAAGUCAUUGCCAAGCUGAAGAACAACCGGGAAGUUUGCAUCAACCCUGAAACCAAGUGGCUGCAACAGUACUUGAAGAACGCCAUUAACAAGGUGAAGAAGUCCAGAAGGCGUAACAACAAGAAGAACUAAGUCCGAGGGAUGUUUUCUACCAGGUCGAGCAUCCUGGGGUCCAACCUGUGUACCUCUCUACCACUGCUAUGGAUGUAUGUAAACACGCUGUAUGUACCCGUCCACUUCUCUGGACCGCUUGCACAACCAGCACUUCGACGCCAAUCUGUGCCGCCACCCGACAUGGGCCCCUCUGGACUUCCACUGACUCGUCCCCCACGCUCCAUGGUGGCACCAAGUGCAAUUAAAGCCUAGCUUGGGAUAACGGACGCAUCAUGAUGUUUAUUGUGUCUUAGUGAGCGCUAGGUCAACGUGUGUGUGUGUGUGUGUGUGUGUGUGUGUGUGUGUGUGUGUGUGUGUGUGUGUGUGUGUGUGUGUGUGUGUGUGUGUGUGUGUGUGUGUGUGUGUGUGUGUGUGUGUGUGUGUGUGUGUGUGUAGAAAAAAGAGCAUGUGGAGCUUUCUUUCCUAUUGGCAAGUGCUUAUGGGGAAGGAAUCAAGUCAGAUGUCCUAUAAACAAUAGGCCCUUUUCCAUCAAACUUUUGCUUCCUGCUGGAUCUAUAGCUUACUGUAGAAGUGGGUGGUUUGUGUUUCCACCGCAUUUCACAGUUCAGGUUAGUAUAUACAAUAUCAGGCUGAUGGCGUAUGGCCGUGCGUUUCCCACCUAGGCCUUCAGUGAUGUCCGACUUCAAUGAUUACCUCUCAAAAUACCAUCAUUGAUGUCAUUUCUGGAGAAAUACUAUACAGGAACACAUUUACGCACUACUGUGCAUUGUACAAAACGGCUUAUUUUCUGGCGCAUUUAAAAAUCAAUAAACCCGCAUCAGCAAUAUGUGGUGAGAACUCCGAAAGGUUCCUCAAGAACUAAAUCUACCCGGGUAGUUUUUGGUGGGAACACACGGGGGAACUUUAAGUGGGGAAGUUCCUAAAAAAAAAAAAAAAAAGUUCCUGCGGUGGAAAAGGGCCGAUUCAAUAUUCUUUGUUGGCAGGUAACAAUAACAAAUCUCCCAAUGUCUUUUAAAUAAGCAAAUAUUUACCGCUGGAUCAAAUGUGUGUUAAGUAUAUAUGAAAGUGGCACUCUUUUUUUAAAGUCUUGUGACAAGCACUGAUCAUGUGGUGCAACAACUAUAAAAGGCAUUUUUUAUAUUUUCAUGUAAAGAUUAGAGGUAGCGAUGUGUUCAUAUUCACUAGCUUGCAAACUUAUGGCAAUCAAAUGUGAAUUACAACAUGUUAAUGUCAUCUCCUGCAGACAAACGCGAUAAAGAGGAUUGAAUAAGUGGAGUAUUGUUAAAGUUAAAGUACCAAUGAUUGUCACACACACACACGAGGUGUGGCCUAAUUAUUCUCUGCAUUUGACCCAUCACCCUUGAUCACCCCCUGGGAGGUGAGGGGAGCAGUGAGCAGAAGCGGUGGCCGCGCCCGGGAAUCAUUUUUGGUGAUUUAACCCCCAAUUCCAAGCCUUGAUGCUGAGUGCCAAGCAGGGAGGUAAUGGGUCCCAUUGGUGUAUAUGUAUUGUUUAUUAAUGCAGAUUUUGCUGACUGGACAUAUCGCUAUAGAGACCAAAUAUUUAUUCAGUGUCACAAGUACAAACCUCAGCAAAACAAUCGCAAUUCCGAACCUGUUUUUUACCAUUUUUACACAGCAGCGGAGACUGAAUUGUUGACAAUUUGAACAAAUAUUGUCAAAAAGAGAACGUCCAUGACGGCAAAAAGAAAGUUUGGAUGAUUUUUUUAUACAUAGAAAUAUAUAUUUUUGAGCCACUUUAUUACUGUUAUUUCUUGGGAAUGUUACUGUUUUAUUUGUAUAUUGUAUGUGUUCUCACUGAAUUGCUUUUUUUUUUUAAUGCAACAUACUGGUCAAUACUACAGUAAAUGAAGGCUAGAAUAUUUUAAACUUCCAGCAGUAUUAAGCUACUGUGCAUUACGUUUUGAAUUCAAUUUCCAGUUAUUGGUUCCAAAACAAUAUGCAACGCAGAAAUCGAAAGAUUUAUUUUUAUUUUUACAAUGUUGCUGCUCAAACGCAAGUUAAUUAAAUACUGUCCUCCUAUUGUUUUUGUUCCCUGUAUUCAUUCAUUCAACAUUCUAUAUUAGUAUAUCUUGUUUGAGGAUAGAAGUCAUCAUUAUUGAGUAAUAUUUGGAAACAUAUUUCAGCCCAGCUACACCUAACACCUGAUUGGCUUUUUACACUUUUGCCCAAUGUUUGUAUUUAGUGUCAGUAAAGCGAUUGAGCCAAAGCAGAACAAAAGCUGCAGUUUUAGAUCUAAGCGAACAACAUGUGCUUUCUAUUAACACACUGCCAGCGCCCUGUAUACUAUUCUCUGCAGAACUGUCCUUUUAUCCAUAAAACGUUAUGGAGGUGUUGCUUGUGGUCUUUGCUAACAUCUUUGUUUUGUUUGACAAAUGGCAGCUUGCUUGCUAACAGGCGAUAAUAUUAUUGAGCCAACAAUGCAACAAUUCAUACUAAUCAGCCUUCAUUAAUUUAAAGCCAUACUACCGUAUUUUUCGGAGUAUAAGUCGCACCGGAGUAUAAGUCGCACCUGCCGAAAAUGCAUAAUAAAGAAAUAAAAAAACAUAUAUAAGUCGCACUGGAGUACAAGUCGCAUUUUUUGGGGAAAUGUAUUUGAUAAAACCCAACACCAAGAAUAGACAUUUGAAAGGCAAUUUAAAAUGAAUAAAGAAUAUUGAACAACAGGCUGAAUAAGUGCACGUUAUAUGAGGCAUAAAUAACCAACUGAGAACGUGCCUGGUAUGUUAACGUAACAUAUUAUGGUAAGAGUCAUUCAAAUAACUAUAACAUAUAGAACAUGCUAUACGUUUACCAAACAAUCUGUCACUCCUAAUCGCUAAAUCCCAUGAAAUCUUAUACGUCUAGUCUCUUACGUGAAUGAGCUAAAUAAUAUUAUUUGAUAUUUUACGGUAAUGUGUUAAUAAUUUCACAUAUAAGUCGCUCCUGAGUAUAGGUCGCACCCCCGGCCAAACUAUGAAAAAAAAAUGCGACUUAUAGUCCGAAAAAUACGGUAAUUAUUCGAUACAGCACUGAGUAUGCAAAAACAAAUGCAAGAUUAUUAUUAUUAUAUACAGAAAAAUAUGAUGAUCACACAAUGCUACUCCAUUUAUCGACUUCUAAAUUCCAUUAACACAGUGGUUCUCAAACUUUUUUCACCAAGUACCACCUCAGAAAAAACGUGUCUCCAAGUACCACCGUAAUGACCAAGAUUAAAAUACAGUAGCAUAAAAUGUAUUAGUAUUAGUUAAAAACAAGGAACACACAUAUUUCAUAUUUUUGGCCACUGCUACAUUACACACAGUUUGAACAGUAACAAUGUAAACACUGUACUUUAAUUAUGUGAUUCUUUGGCAUAUCACUAGAUGUAACCUGUGUACGGCUAGUGGUACACAUACCACAGUUUCAGAAUCACUGCAUUCGCAUAACAAUAAAAAUACGUCAUGCAUUGAAUAAAUAUGGGUAUAAAUGUGCACAGGACUUUAAAGACAUUUUUCUAGCAAUACUAAAAAUAUUUACUAAUAUUGUACUCCACACAGACGAAUGAAUGCAUUUUCUUUUUGUCACAGUUUGUGUCACGAUUGUAUCACUUGUGUACAAUGCAUACUUGUCUGUUGCAGAUGUGAUUAAUUCAAAGCCAUUUAUCAUUUUAAAAAUCACAUUAUCAAUUAACUUUACUCUCCAUUAGAGGGGAGUAUGAUUAUUUAACAACAUGGGGUGUGCGGUCCAUUUGGACUCCCAAAAUGUGAAACAUGUUAUUCUUAAUUAUGUUAGCCUUUGCAUUUUGUAUGUAAGCCAAGAUGUAUUUUAGCUAUGAUACUCAAAGCCUUUUCAAUAAAGUCACAU